GACAAGGUCCUCGAGACUGCCGAGGAUUUCUCGCGUGCCCUUGUGAGCGACGACGACGACCCGAACCUGCCCAUCCACACGUUCCGCAUGUGGUUCACCGGCCUCGGCCUCGCCGUCUUCGGUGCCGUGCUGGGCAUGCUCUUCCAAUUCCGACCACAGGUCAUUCUCGUGUCGGCGCUGUUCCUCCAGCUGCUGGCGUACAUGCUUGGUCGCCUCUUUGAGGUCAUCAUCCCCGGCCCAGGUAGCCGCUUGCACACCGGCAAUUGGUUCUGGAAUUUCAUGAAUCCGGGCCCGUUCAACCUCAAGGAGCAUGUCGCCGCCCAGAUCAUGGCCAACACUGCUGCGACCGCAGCACAGGCAUGUUUCGUGUUCGCAUCUGACGACCUCUUCUAUGGCAUUACGGUCAACCCUGGCAACGCCAUCUUCACCCUGCUUGCAUCCCAGUUGAUCGGUUAUGGAUUUGCGGGCCUGUUCCGCGCCUUCCUCGUAUACCCCACGGUCAUGCUGUACCCGCAGAACCUGAUUUACGUCAACUUGUUCGAUGUGCUCCAUCGUUCGAAGGGCGAGAUGCUGCAGGGGAAGCGUCUGCGCUUCUUCUGGCUCGUUACGCUCGCCAUCUUUGUGUACGAGUGGUUCCCGGAGUACAUCGCGCCGCUGCUGGGCUCGUUCAACAUCGUGUGCCUGUGCGCGCGCAACUCGGACUGGGUGUCGUACAUCUUCGGCGGCGCGGAGGCGAACGAGGGCAUGGGCCUGCUCGGCUUUGGCGUCGACUGGGCGAACAUCACGAGCGCACCGUUCUACACGCCGCUGUCGACGCAGAUCUCGAACUACGUCGGCUGGGCGGUGAACUACUUCCUGCUUCCCGCCAUCUUUGCCACGAACGUGUGGCACUCCCAGAACUUCCCGUUCAUCUCCCAGAACCUAUUCUUCGAGAACGGCUCGAUCUACGAUCAGAGUCUCAUUCUCAACCCCGACCAGUCUCUCAACAAGACCGCGUACGAGAUCUACGGCCAGCCUUGGCAGAGUGGCUCCACAGUGAUUUACAACCUGGGCAUAAACAUGUCAAUUGGCGCAUGCAUUGUGCACAUCGCGUUGUGGUACGGGCAGGAUAUCUGGACGGCGUUCAUGGACUACGUCCACCGCAGACCCAUUGACGAUCAUCACUACAAGCGCAUGGCCGUCUACAAGGAAGUGCCCAUGUGGUGGUAUGGUGCCGUCACGCUUGGUGCUUUCAUCACCGCAAUGGUGUGCGCAUACACGGAGAAGUCUGGCCUCCCAUGGUGGGCUCUCAUCGUCGGCCUCAUUAUCGCCGCCCUUUGCCUCCCCUUCUACGGCGCCAUGUGGGCGAUCGCGGCGUUUACGCCUGUCAUCUCGAACAUGUUCCAGAUGCUCGCAUCCGCUCUCAUCCCGGGAUCAUCACAGGCCAACAUGUACUUCGAGCUCUACUCCAGCCAGACGCUCGUCCAAGCCGCCAGCAUGCUUGGCGACCUGAAGCUUGGCCAAUACACGAAGCUCCCUCCUAGGACCACGUUCUCCGUGCAGAUAGCCGGCACGGUUGUUGGAGCACUGCUGAACUACGUCAUCAUGCAGGAUGUUGUCUCCAAUGAGCGCAGCAUUCUUCUAAGCGACGAGGGUACUCGCGUAUGGAGUGGACAGCAGGUCCAGUCGUACAACGCCAAUGCGAUUCUCUGGGGUGCUCUCGGAAAGGAAAUCUAUGGCCCCAAAGGUCCGUACUUCGUCGUGCCCCUUGGGAUCGUCAUUGGCCUUGCCCUGCCCUUCAUCCCAUGGCUGUUGUACAAGAAGACCAAGUGGGAGUGGCUCAAGCUCGUUAACAUGUCCGUGCUGUCAUACAACAUCGGUGAUCUUGCUGGCGGAACCAACGGCUACAUCAACACGUGGAUGGCGAUCGGUCUCACCUCGCACUUCUACAUCCGCAAGUACCGUGCGGGAUGGUUCAGGAAGUACAACUACCUCUUUGGUGCCGCCGUCGACGGAGGGGCUCAAAUCUUCGUCUUCAUCUUCUCUUUCGCUCUUGCUGGCGCGGGCGGCGUCACUGUGAACUUCCCGAAUUGGGCUCUCAACCCUGUAGGCAACGCAGAUUAUUGUAAAGUGACAGAUCAAGAAGGUUGAGUUACUUGGCACUGGGAUUACCUUUGUACUUCGUAGUUAACCCGGAGGCUGUAUGAUAUGGACAUGUAGUGCGCUAAUAGAUUGCGUAAUCUCGUUUGGUAUAAGUUC